UAUCAAAGGAAUGACAGGAAUAAAAAGGAUAGGUUCUGAGCUUUUCAGAAAAGAUUGUUCAACUCCUUUUAAAUCACUGAAGACUCCUUGUUUUGAAGAUUUUCAAGAAUGGGAGCACUGGGAUCCUGUUGAAGAAAAUAAGGAUGUUGAAAUAUUCCCUCGCUUGGAUGAGCUAUCCCUUGUGAAAUGCCCCAAACUCCGUGGAAAAUUACCCGAAAUUGACUAUCAUUGGUUUAAGCUUAGAAUUGAGGAAUGUGGGGUGUUAGAGGUUUUGUUCACAAGACUUCCAUGGUUUUGCGAAGCAGAAAUAGAUGGACACAAGACCUAUCUUAUUGAAGACACGGAGCUAGGAUAUGAAGUUCAAAUGGAGUUAAGGCAACUAGUGUCUAGUGAUAGCUAAUGUCUGUCUGUUUUUCCUAUUUGAUGAAUAAACUUAUAAAAGCACUUGUGAUGGAAUACUGUCUGUUUU